AUGGCCGCCGAUGCCGCCGCCGGCGCUGCCGCCACCACCACUUUUCUUUCCAUUCUCCUUUCCCUCGCCACCGCCCUCUCUCUCCUCUCCCCCUCUCUCGCUCUAACCUGUAGCCCCCAACCGUCCUUCCCCAACAAGAAGAAUUACUCCAGCUGCACCCCCCUCCCCUACCUCAACGCCACCCUCCACUUCACCUUCGACCACGCCAACUCCUCCCUCUCCCUCGCCUUCUCCGCCGCCCGGCCCUCCUCAGGCGGAUGGGUCGCCUGGGCCAUCAACCCCACCUCCACCGGCAUGGUCGGGGCGCAGGCGCUGAUGGCGCUCAAGACCUCCACCGGCUCCGUCGUCGCCAAGACCUUCAACAUCUCCUCGUACCACUCCAUUGUCGAGUCCAAGCUGUCGUUCGACGUGUGGGACCUGAGCGCCGACGAGGCCGCCGGCGGGACCAUGAGGCUGUUCGCGUCGGUGAAGGUGCCGGCGGGGACGACUAGCCUGAAUCAGGUGUGGCAAGUGGGCAGUGCGGUCGACGGAACGAGGCCGAAGAUCCAUGACAUGACGGAUGCCAACAAGAACUCCAAGGAGGGGCUUCAGCUACUGGGGGCAGAGAGCGGCCCUGCUCCGGCGCCGGCGCCGGCGCCGGCGCUGGUCCAAGCCCCAGCGCCGGCCAGUGGUGUUUCGAGGAUUGGGGAGGGCAGUAACGGUGCUUUCUUGGUCUUGAGCUUGGCUUUUCUCGUUAGUAGUUUCUUUGGGUUUUACUAA